AUGAAGUUCGCUGUUAGCUUUACCUUCCUUGCUCUCACUGUUACAACAUCUGCUGCUCCCGUCCGGCGUGACGUUUCGACUAUAGAAACGGUUAUCAACGUCGUUAGCAAUGCAGCCGACGCACUCGGGAGCGCAGUGAGCUCAUUUAGCGGGUCUCCGUCGUUGCUCACUGUUGUACCACUUACAGUUGCUCUGACGGCAUUGACCGGCGCCGUCACCGCAGCUACCCCUGUAGUGCUCGCCAGCGCGAAGCUCAAUACGGCGGACAGCGACAUCAUCGUUUCAGACGUUACGGCGCUAGCAUCGCAUAUGGAUGCUGCCUUUACGCCUCUUCAAGCAGCUCGCCCCGAGUUUGACUCGCUUCUCGUCUCGCCUUUCGUUAUCACCACCGGAACAGAGCUAGGCGGUCUUCAGGCGGUCAUGGUUCCCUUUCAGGAUGCCCUCUCAAGCAUAACCUCGCCGGCAAGUGCAGAUGAUACAUUCAAGGGCCACAUAACUGAUGAUCAUAUUGGACAGCCGGGCGCGCUGGCCAUUGACUUCGACUCAAUCAACAAUCCCAUCACCGCCGCGCUCAACGCCUUUGGACUGGACCUCGGUUUGUGA